UUAUCGUCGUCUUUGAUCGUAUCGAAGAAUUGGGUUUAGUUCGAUUCGAUCAUCAGCUAUCUCAAAUUUUCUGGGGGAUUUUUCUAAAGGUUUCCAUUGAUUUGUUUGAAGUGCUUGGUAUUGGAUAAUGCCUUCUCUCAUCUCACAGCAAUGGCAGGAGAGGACUAGUGGAUUCUUUUCUUCAUCAGGAACGAAGCUUAGGGAAGCUGGGCAGACAGCUGGUAGUUUUGUCGGGGAAGUCGCUAAGGAUGCGAAAGUGAAUGUUGCUGAUGUUGCAGAAAGAGUUGGCUCGUUGUUUAAAAGCCGGUGGGCAAUUCUUCAGCAGCCUGCAACUAGACAUGCCGUGCAAGAACACCUCAUAACAGCUGCUGCCACAACUGGGACCUUGGUCAGGAAGGGUAUAACUGAGACAAAGGAAAAGGUCUCCGUUGGAAAGACCAAAGUGGAAGAGGCAGCCAAAAAGACUGCACAAAAGAGCAAGACCAUUUUGACGGACAUCGAAAGGUGGCAGAAGGGAGUUGCCAGCUCAGAUGUGUUUGGUGUUGCGAUUGAGAUCACUGUCCAGCGGCAGGAGUCAAGCAGGCCUAUUCCAUUGGUACUGAUUAAAUGCGCAGAUUAUCUCAUAUUAACAGGACUUAAUUCACCAAACUUGUUCAAAGCCGAAGGAGACAAAAAGUUGAUUCAACAAUUGGUUUCUGCUUACAAUCAAGAUCCUAGUGCGUCAAUACCUGAGGGUGUGAAUCCAGUUGAUGUCGCUGCACUCAUGAAAUACUAUCUUGCUAGCCUUCCGACACCACUAACUACUUUUGAGCUUUAUAAUGAAAUCAAAGAUGCGCGGUCGAGCAUACACAGAAUGAGAAAGUCACUCCAAAAGCUUUCCAAUGCGAACUAUAAUACAUUGGAGUUCAUAACAGCGCUAUUGCUUCGUGUGAGCCAGAAAUCACUUCUUAACAAGAUGGAUUCGCAUAGCCUAGCUAUGGAAAUGGCCCCAGUGAUCAUGUGGCGAGAAGACAACAGGCCUGAUUCCUAUCGGGAAUACUGGAGACGCCCGUCGAGGAGUCCUAAGAAAAGUAACGACUUUGAAACUGCUACUCCAUGGGACUUGCUCUCAGAUGAAGGAGAAGGUCCAGAUGUAUCUUCAUCAAUCCCUCUAGAUGAUAUCGUACAAGUUGAUUUUGGUGUGGUCGAGGUUGUGCAGUGCCUAAUUGAACAUCACAAUGCGAUUUUCACGGAUGCAGCCGAGACUCUUCUUGAGCUCACGGCCAUGGCGAGAAGCGAUCUUUUGAUUUUUGUUUCUACUCUUCUUCUGUUUCUGCCUCUACUUACGGUAGCUGAUGCGGAAUUGGUGAAAUCUGAAAAGUUUCCGGUAGUGGUGAGUACUUGGCCUUUCCUUGGGGCCGUUAGAGCUGCUUGGAGAGCAGUUGAUAGUGGGUGUUCUGCAGUAGAAGCUGUUGUGGAAGGUUGUUCUGCUUGCGAGGAACUUCGUUGUGACGGUACAGUUGGGCCUGGAGGAAGUCCGGAUGAGAAUGGUGAGACCAUGAUUGAUGCUUUAGUCAUGGAUGGGGUGACUAUGGAGGUUGGAGCGGUUGCUGCAAUGCGGUAUAUUAAAGACGGUAUAAGAGCUGCACAUCUAGUGAUGAAAUACUCUCAACACACAUUGCUCGCCGGAGAAGGGGCAUCAGCAUUUGCAAUCUCCAUGGGUCUCCCCGGACCCAUGAACCUAAGCUCCCCUGAAUCUGUAAAGAAGUGGUCGGACUGGAAAGAGAAUCAAUGCCAACCCAAUUUCAGGAAGAAUGUAGUCCCUGCAAAUGACUGUGGACCUUACAAGCCAAACAAUGGUGCUGUGAAUGUUUCUGGAGACAAACGCACUGAAUCUUGCGAGAUGGGGGCGAUUGAGUAUAGACCUCCUCUUGUUGGUCCUCACAAUCACGAUACCAUAUCGAUGGCUGUCAUUGACAAAAUGGGGCAUAUAGCUGUUGGGACAUCAACCAAUGGAGCCACAUAUAAAAUUCCUGGAAGGGUUGGUGAUGGGCCUAUCGUCGGUUCAUCAGCCUACGCUGAUGAUGAAGUAGGUGGAUGUGGUGCUACUGGAGAUGGUGACACCAUGAUGCGCUUCCUCCCUUGUUACCAAGUUGUGGAGAGCAUGAGACAAGGAAUGAAACCAGGAGAAGCUGCUAAAGACGCAAUCUCGAGAAUUGCAAGGAGGUAUCCGGAUUUCGUGGGAGCCGUUGUGGCUGUUGACAAGAACGGGUCUCACGCAGGAGCUUGCCAUGGCUGGAUGUUUCAGUACUCAGUCCAGAACCCUGACAUGGACGAUGUUCAAGUCUUCACAGUGCUUCCAUGAAACCGGUAAAUUAUCUUUCUUGAAAUUUGGUUAUGGUUCAUAGGAUAUAAAGUUUCUUCUAAAAGUGAUUGUAGUUUGUAGAUAAAGAAACGGCACGAAGUUCAUGUCUGGAAAAACGGAAUGGCAAGCUUGUUUGGAGUAUUCUUAAGUAUACUAUUGUUUUGCUUUUUAUAAAAUAGAAAAUCCUGU